UCUGCCCUUUUGAAGGCGACAUUUCCUCAGGAUUCUAAUCUAGGUGUGAUGAGAAGACUCGCAUCCACAUGUAAAUGAGCUAUAUCCACGAUGUCGGUUCUGAAACCCGUCAUUCCCAUUACUUUAGCUUCUCCGAAGUCGUACAGGGUAACAUCAUCUCUAAGAAUGGCUCUGAACUCCAAUACAGAACUCUCAGCCCAGAUGAAAUCUUCAUCGGAUAGUAGAAUUGACAGAGAUCGCAACAGGAAGCUACCCGUGUUACUUUUUGACAUCAUGGACACGGUCGUCCGUGACCCUUUUUACCAAGAUGUCCCAGCCUUCUUUGGGAUGACUUUGAAGGAACUAAUUGAUUGUAAGCAUCCAAAUGUAUGGAAUGAAUUUGAGAGGGGAUUGAUUACUGAGAUGGAGUUGGCUGACAAUUUUUUCAAAGAUGGGAGAUCUUUUGAUUUACAAGGGCUGAAAGAUUGUAUGAGAAGAGGUUUCUACUAUCUUGAAGGUGUUGAAGAGUUGCUUCGUGAUUUAAAAGAGAAUGGAUUUGAAAUGCAUGCUUUCACGAAUUAUCCAAUCUGGUAUGAAAUGAUUGAGGAAGAGUUAAAGGUGUCAAGUUAUCUAUCAUGGUCUUUUUGUUCAUGUCAUACAGGUAAAAGGAAGCCUGAGUCUGAUUUCUACUUGGAGGCUUUAAGGCACCUUGAGGUUGACCCAUCUAGUUGUGUUUUUGUUGAUGACAGAAAGAAGAAUGUUGAAGGUGCUGAAGGUGUUGGUAUAGUUGGUUUACACUUCAAGAAUGCUGAUUUAUUGAGAAAGGACCUGCAACUUCUUGGUGUUAACAUUUGACAAUGAUAAAGACAUUGUAAUAUAUUGUUUCUUGGACCAUCAUUCAAUGAAAUAUCUAUAAAAUAAACGACUCCACGAAAAUGUAGAUAUUUGUUGGUUGAACUUUGUUA